CUCAGCAUAUCUGAAGAAAUUGAACCAUGGGAUGCUGCACCCCAAAGAUUAAAAAGGCCCUCAAAAUAGGUUGUGGCAUUACAGCAAUUCUCCUAAUUAUUCUUCUAGUCGUUGGUAUUAUUCUAUAUUUCACAAUCCUUAAGCCAAAAGAUCCAAAAGUCACAAUUCAGUCUGUCACAUUAGAGUCCAUUAGAUUUGAGCCAUUUCCAGCAUUUCACCUCAACAUAACAAUUGGACUAAUCCUCACUAUCCAUAACAGGAAUUAUGGAAGCUUCAAGUAUGAUAGUAGCAGAGCUUAUGUGAGUUAUCACGACGAUCCAGCAGCUGAAGCACCAAUUGAAGCAGACACCAUCCCAGCUAGAAAAGAUCAUGAUGUGAACACAACUGUGCUAAUUAAAUCAGAUGGUUUCUCUAAGAAUCCUAAUUUCUUAGGAGAUUUUAUUUCUGGGUGCUUGAAUUUUACUUCGUCAACCACUUUACACGGGAAAGUCACUGUGUUGAAAGUCUUGAAGCUCAAAGCCACAACUGUUAGCACAUGUGACAUCUCAGUUUUCACCAAAUUCCAGAAUGCAAGUUCUCUUUGCAAAUCCAAAAUUAAGUUCUGA